UUAACCCUUAGCGCUAUCUAUGUUUAGAUUUAUACGGUCAACCAUCCAUUUAAAUGCGAUUUGAGACUGUAACUGUAUUUGCAGUCAAUGGUACUGUGGUGUUUUGAAAUCUGUUCUAGGUUUUCAGUUGAAUUGCCUUGUGAAAGAAUUUGAACCAAAAUGGAGGUAACACCAAAUAACCUUCAAACACUAGUGAAUUAUUUACAGCACACAUUAAAUCCUGCUCCUGAGAUACGAAGACCUGCUGAAAAAUUUUUAGAGAGUGUUGAAGGAAAUAAAAAUUAUCCUAUUCUUCUCUUGACUUUGGUAGACAAAGCUGAUGUAGAUCUCACCAUUAGAGUCGCUAGUGCUAUCACAUUUAAAAAUUAUGUAAAGAGAAAUUGGAGAAUUAUUGAAGACUCUGACAAUAAAAUUCAUGACUCUGAUCGAGAAAGUGUUAAAGGCCUUAUAGUUGGACUAAUGUUACGCAGUCCAGAACAAAUACAAAGGCAGUUGAGUGAUGCCGUCAGCAUUAUAGGCCGUGAGGAUUUCCCAGAGAAAUGGCCGAAUUUAAUUCAAGAAAUGAUUUCCUAUUUUAAGAGUGGAGAUUUUCACGCCAUUAAUGGAGUACUUCACACUGCACAUUCCCUUUUCAAAAGAUAUCGCUUUGAGUUUAAAUCACAGGCCCUGUGGACUGAAAUAAAGUUCGUGUUGGAUAACUUUGCCCAGCCAUUUACAGAUCUUUUUCAAGGUACAAUGCAACUAGUUGAAACAUAUGCAAAUGAUGCAAAUGCACUCAAGGUUAUCUUCAGCUCAUUGGUGCUUAUUGCUAAAGUAUUUUAUAGCUUAAAUUAUCAAGAUAUCCCAGAGUUCUUUGAAGAUAACAUGAAGAUUUGGAUGGAAAAUUUUCAUAAGCUUUUGACAGUGGAUAAUGCAUUGUUGAAAACAGGGGAUGAUGAAGAAGCUGGUCUUCUCGAACAAUUGAAAUCCCAAAUUUCUGAGAAUGUCUCAUUAUAUGCUCAGAAGUAUGAUGAAGAGUUUUCAGAAUAUUUACCUAAUUUUGUUCAUGCCAUUUGGUCCCUGCUUACUUCAACCGGCCAACAAGUUAAAUACGAUUUGCUGGUGAGCAAUGCUAUUCACUUCCUAUCAUCUGUAGCAGAUCGUGCAAAUUAUAAACAUUUGUUUGAAGCACCGGAUGUUCUCAGUUCCAUUUGUGAGAAGGUCAUCAUACCAAAUAUGGAAUUUCGAGAUUGUGAUGAAGAACUCUUUGAAGAUAAUCCUGAAGAGUACAUUCGAAGAGAUAUUGAAGGCUCUGAUAUUGAUACUCGUAGAAGAGCCGCUUGUGAUUUGGUGAAAGCUUUAGCCAAACAUUUUGAAGCCAACAUAACCAAAGUUUUUUCAGAAUAUGUCAAUGCAAUGCUCUUAAACUAUAACAAAGAUUCUAAACAGCACUGGAAAAGCAAAGAUGCAGCAAUAUAUCUUGUAACAUCAAUGACAGCCAAAGGUCAAACUGCUAAGCAUGGAAUUACUCAAACUAAUGACCUUGUAAAUAUUACUGAAUUUUUCAAUAGUCAGAUACUACCUAUGCUACAAUCUCCUGGUGUUGAUGAAUUUCCGGUGUUGAAAGCAGAUUCCAUUAAAUACUACUUAAUAUUUAGAACUAAACUUCCCAAGGAAGUGGUUCUAAGUACUCUGCCUAACAUAGUGAAUCUUCUUAAUGCAAAGAGCACCGUUGUCCAUACGUACAGUGCACAUGCUAUCGAGCGAGUUUUCACCAUGAAAGCUGAUGGUGGAGCCUCUUAUUUCAGUGCUGCGGAAAUACAGCCCUUGGCAGAACUUCUUUUAAAAAAUCUCUAUGCUGCUAUGGAACAUAAAGGCUCAUCAGAAAAUGAAUAUAUUAUGAAAGCUAUUAUGAGAACUUUUUCAAUGUUGCAAGAAGGUGUCAUUCCAUACUUAGGAACUUUACUCCCACAAAUGACUCUAAAAUUAACUGAAGUGUGCAAGAAUCCUAGUAAGCCUCAUUUCAAUCACUAUUUAUUUGAGACAUUGAGUCUGACAGUGCGCAUAGUUUGCAGAAAUAAUCGCCAGGCUGUCCUCCAGUUUGAACAAGCCCUCUUCCCUGUCUUCGAAAGUAUUUUGCAGCAAGACAUUCAGGGUAAUCACUUUUUAUUCAUAUGCACUAAUAUUGUUUUAAGCGAGAGGAAUAAUUUACAUAAAAUGAUAAGUGGUGUCCUUGGAGUUUUCCAAAAACUAAUUGCUUCGAAAACCAAUGACCAUGAAGGAUUUUAUAUACUCCAAAGAAUAAUUGAUAAAGUUCCUCCACAAACUCUAAAUGAAUAUUUGAAACACAUAUUUGUUCUUUUAUUUCAUCGACUUCAGAGCUCUAAGACUACAAAAUAUAUUAAAGGAUUAUUAGUAUUUUUCUUCUUGUUUUCCUACAAACUUGGCCCUCAAAAUCUUAUUCAACUUAUUGAUGGUAUUCAACCAAAGAUGUUUGCCAUGGUCAUUGAACGGGUGAUUAUUCCUGAUUUGCAAAAAGUGUCUGGAAAUAUUGAGAGGAAAAUUUGUUCCGUCGGAAUGAUCAAGAUAUUGACCGAAGUACCCGAAAUUACUGGAGGAAGCUACAGUCAAUUUUGGGCCCCAUUGCUUCAGGCGUUAAUUGGACUGUUUGAACUACCUGAAGAUGACAGCAUUGCAGAAGAUGAGCAUUUCAUAGAGGUGGAUGAAACUCCAGGCUACCAGAGUGCUUACUGUCAGCUCAUGUUUGCAGGAAAAUCUGAGCAGGACCCCAUCAAUGGAGCAAUGCCUGAUGCUAGAAUACAUCUAGCUCAAUGUUUGCACAAACUCUCUAUGAAUCAACCUGGGAAGUAUCCGGCCUUGAUAUCUUCAAGCAUUGCACCUGAAGCUGCUGCUCACCUGAGUAAAUAUCUGCAAGCUGCAAAUGUCACAUUGUCAUAACAAUUAGAUAUGUGAAAAGAACUCUGGCAUUGUAUAUAAACCAUUUGAUGUUUUCUUUUGUAAUUUUGAUUGCAAUUAAACUGUUAUGAUUGA